AGAAGUUAUAAUAACCAAGUUUUCCAAACAUAGAUGUGAGUUCGAUGGUCUAAGUGAAUAUUAUGAUUCAGAAUAUUCUAAAACAGAGUUCAAAUCUAGCGAUUCUGAGACAGAAUCUGAAUUUAGUGAUUCUGAAGUAGUAAAUUUAUCUCUUCCAGUUAUAA